ACCGGCAGUUUGACCCGAAUUGAAUUUAUGUAAUAAUCUUUUCAACCAUCUUCGUGCUGUGUUUACAUAAAAUCAUCACCAGAAUUCUCUUCGCAGAUGAUUCGCCACUACGAUGCAACAGCUAGUCGACUCACCCACCAGCAGCAGCAGUGCUCUCAACGGCUUCGAGUCCCACCGCGCCAGACUCAAACAGUUCCGUCGACAGGCCAUCCACUCGAUCGGCCUCAACAGUAAAUUAACACAGCAGGAACAGCAGCAGAGGCUUACCCAAGACCUGACUCACAGCCUUACUAAUCCCAGCUCUUCACCCUCUGCCAAGCCCACGCUGAUGAUGGUCAACAGGAAAACUGAACAAGAACAGCCCACCCUCAACCCAGACUCACCAAUCCACCUCCAGUCUCGGGAGGCACGAACAGGUGAUAGAGCUCAACUUCUUUUCCGUUCCACUUCUCGGGACAGUCAUCGUGAUCGGAUUGAAAUACAUUCUCCACCAGCUUCAACGAAAUUAGACCAUUUGGACCUUUCAAUCACCGGCGAUCCUGCUCGCAAAUCCUCCAUUUCCACCACCCAAUUCACUGUCAACCAGCUUGGCACAAGAGCCCAAGAUCCUGGGAAUCAAGACAAGCAUGAUGAGGCUUCAAACUCAGGCCAUCGAUACACCUCAACAACCCCUACCGAGCUUGCUGAGGUCGAUCCAUCCACUACGUCCACCUCCAAACUUGGUUUGAGCCUCCUCAACCCCUCUCAAUCCAAUAACCCUUUCCGAUUAGAUCCUCAGUCUGAUCCCACCAAGCUUAACCAAACUGUGCCAGGAACAUCCAACCAAAUCAAUCCACAAGCCCUUCUCAAUUCGAAUGACGGUCUUCAGGAUGACACCCCCUCUGACCCUUCAAAACCUCAUCUCCCACAACCACUCAAAAUCUUCGCGCCAUCCUACCGGCGUUCAAUCUCUGCUCCAUUCACAAGCACCGGUCUUGUCUCGCUUGAGUUCCCCGGUCGUUUGGAUUCGAUUACUGAGGAUGGUACCCUGCCAGCGUCUGCUCAACCAGACUCAUCCUUCAACUUUAUGAAUCCACUCCAAACUCCGAUGCCCUAUGGUGGGGCUAACGACUCUCGUGAAUCUGCGAUGAUGAAAUUUCCGAUUGAAACUAGUCCGACCAUUCAUUUUGCAGAUCGAUCCAGUCCUGCUCCAUCCAACUCUCCUGAUCAACCCGCUCGCAUCAAGGUACCUUCAACUCAACCCAAUCACAAGUAUAGAAAGUGGUCCGGGAACUUUUAUGUUUGGGCCUAUGACACACCUUCAACCUCUCCUGAGAGUAUAGCCCAAUCCAGCCCAGCGAUAUCCAACAGUCCUUCUACAACUUCAAUUCUAUCGAAUAAUCGAAUCGGAGGAAUCUCCAGACACUUUUUCCAGCACGUUAAACCAGCGGCCGAGGCGAAGCCUGCCAAGUUGCAGACGGCAAAAAAAGAAAGACGAGGAGUUAAACUAGGUCUGAUCAGCGGCUUGACUAAGCAGAGAGACACUGUAUCAUGCCCACAGCUCGAAUUAUCUGCUACGGAUGACUUGAGCUCCCAGAAGGCGAAUCUAUAUCCGCAUAAUCUAUCCGAGCAUUCGAAUGCAAUCGCUGGUCGGAGUACAAAUGAUCCGAAUGAGAUAUUACAGUCGAACCAGCCUCGGCCUCCAGCUAGCUCAAAAUCUACCGACCAGGAAUCUAAACCGAAAAAGCUCCAUUUUAGUAGUGAUGCUAGGAUUAGCAGGAAGAAAUUUCUACCCGAAUCUAAUGGUGCUGGUAGCCCUCAGGGAUCGAUCACCAGUCAAUUGGCCUUGGGUCCAGGUGCUGCGAUGAAUUCUCAAGGUAUCGGCUCCGGCCAAUGGAAGUUGGUCCAAGGGGUGAUUACGGAAGAUGGCCAUUUUACACUAUACGCCGGUAACGAUGUAACGCUAUAUCGGAUUUAUUUGCCCUCUUACCGACGAACGGAUAUUCGGAUGGUGCAUCAGUCGAUUUUCGGCCGUCCGCACUGUGGCGUAAUUACUCGAAGGACUGGAAGCACGGUUCAAUCUGCCGCACGGAUUCCUGAUUCAGCGCUCAACUCAUCAAGCUCUCUUCCAUUACACGCGUCUCCCCCCUUUCAAUCUUCCACAAAUGGCCCUACUCCUCUAACGCCCAGCCACUUGAGUACAUUUGAUAAUCCACAUCAAUUGGACCCAUCAGCACCCUUACCCCUUACUGUCGGCAUGAAAGACGCGUCAACGAAUCCCGACAACAUCCCCGGCAGUCCUACUCAUCAGCAGAGCGACACCUCAAGUGGUACCACAGAACUUUCGAUUUAUAUCUGCAUGCCCAACUCUGUUUUGCUUGAAUCCUGGUUGGUCAUAUGUAAAUGCUUUUGCAGGCCUGAUGACUUCAGACAUCUUUACCCCCGUUCCAGUAAGAAGAAUCAGGCCGCUGGUCACCAAGGAACACGACAUAGGGUUCUGAGUUUGACAGGCUCUCAACCCACUCACCAGCCGUCAUCAUCGUCUGCUCUGUCUAGUGCGGGAGAUAUAGGAUCAGCCAAAGGUGCGACUAAUUCAACCAAACAGGCGUUACCUGAACGAGUUAGGAUCUGGAGAGGGGUCGAGAUCCAACUAGUGGAAGGUAGAAAACUAGGUGAAACUCGACAGAUGGCUGUCAACACUAUGACAAAUGAUUCAUCUGGAGGGGUCGGGAUUGCUAGAUUGGUGACAAAAGACGAAAGAAGGAAUUCGACCGGAGGAUUCCUACCUACCGGUAGCCAAGCUUCUUUGCUAUCAAUCAACAAAUCGGGAAACAAUGGGAGAUAUCAAACUGGUCAACAGUCUAUCAUCGCAGAUCCUAACCAUCCACAUGAACAUCUAAACAAAAAGCUUCUGUCAAAUCGGUACGAUUCUAAAAAUGUCGAUGAAUCAGACAGUUCGACCGCCGGUUUUUCGAGUUCAAUCACCUCUAGCCUAACUCAUAGUAAUCAACCUGGUGGCCAGGUCAAUCGGCAAAGUAUCCCAACUGCUUCUACAUCCAAUUUCGAGGACAAGCCCCCUUCAACAACGUCGAUCACCACGCCCAUAUCAAUCCUUGAGUCUUCAACUCAUAGCUCCAAGAAUAGCUCAAUAUCGAAUAAUGGCUUUAGUGACAACUUUUACUUUGUCGAGUUUGACUGGGAUAGAGAAAUCAUUGGUAGGUCCACUAUCAAACGGAAUGCCAACCCGUUUUGGAGCGAAUCGUUUAAAUUUUCGGAAAUUGGCUCGUUCAAGACGCCCCUGAUUUUAAAUGUUUACCAAAUCAGGAAAAAUUUCAAUCAUCCUCAAUUGAAAUCCUCCCUUCAUCACUCGCAUUCUCAUCAUCCGAUUUCUAGCUCCAGUUCGUCAUCAACUUCCCCUUCCAAAAUCACCUUAAUCGGCCAGAGUUAUCUGGACUUCAAAAUCUUCGAAAAGAAUGUCCAGUUGCCACUCUGGCUACCUAUUUAUUCCACCAACAGUAGCGCUGCUCACGAGCCUGAAACCGACGAGAAUUCCAGCAAUUACGAAGAUCGAGAUAAGCCCUACAAAAAAGUUGAGAUCAUGGGUGAAAUUAACUUGUCUAUAACGGUCAUUGAGCAGGUCGUGUUGGCUGAACCUGAAUACGCUAAGAUGAUGAAUUAUUUGAACAAUGAUGACGACAUCGUGUUACCGCUCGAUCUAGCCAAUAUGGCCGUCGGUGAAUUGGAUCGAUUGGCGGAGUUGUUGAUCAGGAUUUAUGAGGCAAAUAACCGGCUAUUCAUGAGAUUUUCACAGCUUGCAGCAAUCGAAAUCAAUGGUGACAUAUCAACCGCCAGCAUUUUAUUCAGAGCCAAUACACUUUUGACUAAGAUGUUGGAAGCCUACAUGCGGAUCGUUGGAAGCUCGUUUUUAGAAUCAAGCGUUGGAGCGGUGAUUCGUCGGAUUUGUAUGGCAAAAGCCGAACUAGAAAUCGACCCUUCCAAACUGAAAACGUCGCUCUCUUCGCAUCACAAGGAAAAAAUCGUGAAUGAGAACGCCAAAGAAUUGAAAAGGCUUUCCAGUGAGAUCUGGCAAUCAAUGUACAUUAACCGAUCCAAAUGUCCCAAUCGAUUAAGGAAAAUCUUCGUCAAGAUCCAAGAAUUGGUCGGGAAUGCCUAUGAUGAUCAAGAUAUGAGACUGACCUCCAUUUCAGCCUUUGUCUUCCUAAGAUUCUUCGUACCUGCGAUUCUUAACCCAAGAUUAUUCAACCUGAUUCAAUUUCAGCCCGAUAGCAAAUCUCAGAGAACUUUGACCUUAGUAGCCAAAACGUUGCAAGGCUUAGGGAAUCUGACUCUGUUUGGGAUCAAGGAGCCCUGGAUGAGCGUGAUGAAUGAAUUUAUUACUACUCAGCUGGAUUCUUUUCGAGAUUACAUUUCAUUUAUUGCCAGUGAAUCCGAUUCAACCAAACCGGAGUGGACCUCGAAAGAAUAUGAGGGCUAUGGAUUACCUUAUGCUCUUCGAGCUUCAUUGCCUGCUUCAUCUCGGGAUGGAAUUCCAACGUUACCUCACUUACUGGAUCCCGUUCGAGAUUGUUCACUUCUGGCUAGUUUGAUCACCAUCAUCAAGCGGAAAGCAUCAGUCUUGGAUUCCUCUAGGCACCACUCGUCCGUUCUACCACCCAAGACGACCAAGCUGAUCGAGCGACAUGGCACUCGGCCUCGUCGCUGUACUGAAGCUUCCGAAUUUCGCGACAGAGGAUCUGAAAUGGCUGAUGAUGGCAACAGUCAUAGUACUACAACUGAGUUUUUGAAAAUCUGCGGUGAUUUGUAUGCCAAAUCUGAAAGACGGUAUUUGAAAAUCAUUCAGUCUGAAUCGAAAGAUCCAAAUGCUUCAAACAAGGCUUCGUCGACCACAGCAACUACUACAACUACAACUACAGCAACUACCACCACAGCAACUUCUGAUCAUCGCGCUGUCUCAACAACGGCAUCUCCGGUUUUGCCUGGAGCCUUCACACACACCCAAGACGUAUUGUCUCAAAGUAAGAUUUAUUCAAGGAAAUGGGCUUUCAAUAAUAAUAAUGAUCGACCCGGGCAACCUUCUCCUCCGACCCCAACAUCCCUAACAAGGUCACCGUCCACUAGCCUGUCUUCGUCCACUACCACCCGAUGGAAGCGAUCGCAUACUAUCACUGCUGAACAGGGUAGCAGUACUGGCUCGAAAGCCGAGCAUCUAUCAAGCCCUAACUGCUCUCCUGGUAAGCCCUCUUUGCUUGGUCUGCUUGGCUUGGGCAGUCGGUCAAUAAUCCCAACCCAUCCGUCCUAAAUCGAGCACAGCAAUCUCCAGCGUAAUAUCUCCGACACUUCCUCCACAUAAUCCUAUCUUGUCCAAAUCGACUAGCCUCGGAAAACAAUCUUCGCCCAGACUCAUCAUUCCGGUCGACAUCGCUUCUGUCGAUCCUCUUGCUCUCUCUCAGCUCCAGUCCCCCAUCUUCGGCUCCGUGCCCAAUCCUAAAAAUCUCUACUUGGAUGGCCGAGAUAACCCCGCCACGCGAUGGCCAUGACGACUUGGAUUCCUCUGAGCUUCAUACCUCGCAAAGAAUCAAAAAAAAACCAUUAUCAAAAUUAUCUCAAUGGUAAGAUGGAGGGAGAAGUGGGAUAGCAUUUAUGUUGGGCUCGCUGGUCUGGCAGUACAAGGAUCUCAGAGAAAUAGAGUCACUCGGGCACAGGUAUAUAUCGUAACACCGAUCGGCUCAUUCAGCCCCCCCCUUCAAUAUACGACUCCACCACUCGAGUCUUUCGAUCGAUUAUAAGCCUCAGACAGACCUCGAGCCUCACUCGCUCUAUGACCAGUGCUUGAGACCUGAGUAGCUGGCUUUCUUUGCGCUCCUGAAAAUACCGCGCCGGCCGUCAUACUUGAUGUCAUCGAAAAGCUAAUUGUGUAUUGUUAUUCAAUUCGAACAAAGAUUCUCAUUCACUUGGCCUUUUUUCUUUCUUUCUUUCUCUUUGUAUUUAUCUUUAACAGCAUUUCCAAUGUCUCACUUAACUUAUCUAUUUACUUAUCUUUCUUUCUUUUUGUGUAGUUUUGUUUUGGUCAUUCUUGUUUUUGGUUUGUUUUUGGUUUUUGGGGGGUAGGGGAGAGUUUCAGAGUGACGUACGGGGUUGGUAUUACGUUGGUAGUGGGACUGUUGGAGAGAAGUUAGACCAAGUCCGUUGGAUGGAUGCAAUUAGUUAACCUGAACUUGAAGUCAAUGUAAAUCGUAUUGUUUAAUCAUCUUCUUCUUGGUGUUUCUUGUAUACAUUAUUUGAAUGUUGGCUCUUUAGAACGGUUGAUGUUGGGAGUAUGGAUGAUCAAGGGUGUGGGGCACAUGGCUGUGUGUUGGUUGUAACUUGCGGGGUUUCUACUUGUGAAAUUGGAUCCAG